CAAAAUCCGUGGCACCAGCCGGCGUUUCAGUAACCAAUCACAGCACAGAAGCGCUGCACCGCAUCAGUUCGUUGGCUCUGAGUUGUUUGGUCGGCAGACAGAAUGGAUGAAGAACCGGAGAGAGCCAAGCGCUGGGAGGGAGGCUACGAGAGGACAUGGGAGGUCCUGAAGGAGGACGAGUCCGGCUCACUCAAAGCCACGGUGGAAGAGAUCCUGUUCCAGUCCAAAAGGAAAAGGGUGGCCGAGAGCCAUGGACAGGUGCGGCUGGGGAUGAUGCGUCAUCUCUACGUGGUGAUCGACUGCUCGAGGAGUAUGGAGGACCAGGACCUGAAACCAAACCGCCUCACCUCCACAUUGAAGCUGAUGGAAGCUUUCGUCGACGAAUACUUUGACCAGAACCCCAUCAGUCAGGUCGGCAUCAUCACCACAAAGAAUAAACGAGCCGACAAGCUGACUGAGCUGGCAGGGAAUCCAAAGAAGCACACCGCUGCCCUGAAGAAGGCCGUGGACACCGUGUGUGGAGGAGAGCCGUCACUUUAUAACUCUCUGAACCUGGCCGCACAGUCACUAAAGCACAUGCCCGGACACACGAGCAGAGAGAUCCUGAUCGUCCUCAGCAGCCUCACAACGUGUGACCCAGCAAACAUCUACGAGCUCAUCAAGACUCUGAAGUCUCUGAAGGUUCGUGUGUCGGUGAUCGGCCUGUCAGCGGAGGUGCGGGUUUGCACGGUGCUGACCAGAGAGACGGGCGGAUCGUAUCACGUCAUCCUGGACGAGAGUCACUUCAAAGAGCUGCUCAUGCUGCACGUCAAACCUCCUCCUGCCAGCUCCUCGUCUGAGUGCUCUUUGAUACGAAUGGGUUUUCCUCAGCACACCAUCGCCUCUCUAUCUGACCAGGAUGCCAAGCCUUCCUUCAGCAUGUCUCAUCUGGACAGUAGCAGCGGUCCUGGUCUGUCUUUGGCAGGGUACUUCUGUCCGCAGUGUCACGCCAAGUACACAGAGCUCCCUGUGGAGUGUAAAGUCUGCGGUUUGACUCUGGUGUCGGCCCCACAUCUCGCCAGAUCCUUCCACCACCUGUUCCCCCUCCAAGCCUUCACAGAGACUCCUGUGGAGGAGCUUCGAGGAGACAGGUUCUGUCAGGCUUGUCAAGGAGGGCUGAAAGAUAAAAGUGUUUUUACCUGUCCGGCAUGUCACAGUGUGUUCUGUAUGGAGUGUGAUCUCUUCAUCCAUGACUCCCUGCACUGCUGCCCCUGCUGUAUCCACAGUCAGAGCGCCCCCUGAGGCUGGGAGGAGAACUGUCAGACAGAGACUGAAACAAACUCAGUGGACAUAUAUUGGUGUUAAGCCCAAACAUCAAGAUGACGCACACAGGGACAUCCCAGUGCUCACGUUAAUAAUCAGUUCCAGAAAUACGGGAAAUAUUGGAGAACUCUGUGAGAAACACUUCUGAUCCACUGCACUGUUUAUCUGCUGGUAAAAAGCACACUUUUUUUUACUUAUGUGAGGAGCAGCCUGUGUGCAUUGUUUAUACAUAAUUUGUACUACAGCUCUGUUUUUGUCAAAAUUGCAGUUUAGUUGCAAUAAAAAAGAUGUUUUUUACUUA